CACAGAACGAUGUCGCGACUUGUUGACCGAGCUGUGCGUGUUAGGUUUUAAACCUCUGUUUAAACAAUUAACUUGUAACCUCUCUGAACUUAAGAACUGUGCAUUGUUUAAUUUAUGUAUGCGAUAUGUGAGAGCAUACUAAUAAAAUGCAUGAUAGCAUUAUGUGGUGGGUUUUUGGAAUUUCCGUUUUUGGAGCAUAUUCGAUGUUCAGAACAUUGUUUACACGGACAUCGUGACAUAAUACCUAAUAACUCAUAUUUAUUUGAAAUUGUGAGACUAUUUCUUUAUAGAAAAUGAGCCUUGAGUUAAAAAAAUUUACAAUAAAUUCAAGUGCUCCAGGAGAGAAUGACAGUUUGAAGGAUCGACGAAGUUCUUUGCAAGUAAAUUUAAGCUAUGUUUCAAGUCUUACUAAUUGUUCUGUCGAAGAUCAUGAUGUUGAUUCAUUGGAUAAGACUAAUAUGACCAAUGAUAAAACAGUCAUUUCCUCAAAAGAAGUUCCUGGUCAAAGUUUAUUUGAGAAUGUUACAAGGCGUAAGAAUUCUCAAAGAAAGAUAAAGAGUAUCACAUCGGUGCUACAGAAUUGUAAUAUUGACAAUACUGACAAAGAUAGCAGCAAUGAAACAAAUAAGAUUAAUGCUACAAAUAAUGAUAUUUUACUGAAUACGAGAAAUAAAAAUGAAAAAAAGCUGCAUGCAAUGAAUGUCAUAAUGACAAAUCUUAACAACGAUAAUGAAAUGCAAAAUGAAAGAAUCAUGAAUACGUUAUACAAAAAGUCUACACAAAAUACAAAAAUACAGAAAAAUAAUGUCAAUAUGCUGAAUAUUGAAAAUAAGGAUCAAUAUUUAAAUGAAAGUUGUAGAGACUUAAAAGAUGCAAUUUUAAGUAAAACCAUGCAACUUUUUGAUAAACAAAAUGAAUACUCCAUAAGGACCAGUCAAGUUAUGGUUCAGAAAGAGUUGAUGGAGGCAUUUGUACCUAUAGAGCGUUUAAAAUCACCCCGAAUACGAUUAAUCGUAGAAAAUGAGGAUCAAGUUACAAUGUCAGAUGGUAGCUCAGAUUCUCCAGUACAGAUGACUUCUAUGAGAUUUUCCGACAAAUGCAUUACACAGGCUAAGCAAAAAUCUGUUGAUGAGCCUCCAGAGACUGAAGAUCGCCUUGAAGAUAAUGAAAGUAUUAUCAGUACACCAAAGAAAUCCAUUGGAAAGCAAAAUAUGUCUACUGUCAAAUGUCGUAUUAUAUCUGUUGUACGAACGAAACGCCUUUUUGAAGAACAAAAUAAGUCAGAUGAACGUCGGGCACGAAAUAUAUUAAACGUGUCUAGAUCUAUUGACCAAAAUAAACAUAAAACUAUGGAACUCGAUUCUGAUGAAACCACAAUGUCAGAUGAUGGUGAAUUGGAGUCACCGAGAAAACGACUAAUGACGGAAGAUAUUGCUCUACAGAAAUGUCUUUCGAAUAAGAACAUAAUAAAUAGCCCAGCAUUGGAUAAGGAAAUUUCACAACAUCAAAGUCCCAUACUAACAGGAACCAAUAGAAGACUCAGCUCAUCGAAAGUGUCCUUAAGUCUUCGAUCUAAAGAAUUAAACCCUUGUUCAAGUUCUACACUAAGGCAUGAUAAAACUUCAUUAAGUGACAAUAGAAAUAACGAUAUAUUACCUGCUGCGCCAAGUGUAUGUUCUUCUUACGUAGAAGAAUAUAUCGAAAGAAUGAAUCAAGAACAACAAGAGACUAAUGAUAAAGUAACUUCUGAGAGAAAUACAGGGGAAGAUAUUAGUGAACUUGGCAUUACUGUUAACGGGUCUAUACCUAUGGAAAUUACAGAAGUACAAGGGCUCGGACUCUUUGCUAAGGGAUCAGCAUCUUCUAAAAACUCAAAUCUAGAUGAACCUGUUAUACAUUGCAAAACUAAUAAUGAGAUGAGAAGUUCAAAAUUAAUCAUUCACGACGACAGCAACGAGGCAGACACUUACGAAACAUCUCUAAACGUGAACACUUCACUAGAUAGAACAGUAGAUAGUGGAAUUAGUUGUAAUAAACAAUUUGGGUCAUUAAAAACCAUAAAACAAUUUUCAAAAUCAGCAAUGGAAUUGAAUAACAUUAUAGAACCAACAACAGAAAAAUGUUUAAAAAUUGUUAAUGAACCGAAAAUCGGCAAGGUACCUACAAAUCCUUUGUUUAAGGAGCCUGCAACUUAUUUAAAGUCUGUGUUAAAUGAAGAAGAGGAUAGUAACUCUACUGUUCGUACUUCACUCAAUGUUAAUACUUCUAUAGAUGGUAGAUUUAGCUUAGCUCAAGCAGAAAAUCUUUAUUUAGUAGAAGAAAGUCCAGAUCUAGAAACUGAAGACAAAAGUGAAAAAUCAAAUGUCGUAAAUAUGUCUAUGGAUGAAGAGGAAUUGGCUUCAGAUAAGAGAGAAAGCACAUCCACAGUGCGUACAUCCUUACAAAUGAAUACUUCUUUGGAUAAUCUUAAAAGAUGUUCACUCGUACGAAAUAAAAAUAAUAAAAGAGUUCAACAGCUGUCUACAAUUGAUGAUGAGACAACAGAACCAAUAGAUCAAUCAUCAUCUGAUAAAUCCGCACAAAUAAAUUUAGAAAAGAAAUCAGACGACGACUGCCGUUACUUCAAUUCUCUGGAAGACAUGUCUUUGAUUGAAAGAUUAAGAAAUAUUUCUAGAACAAAGCGAAUUAGUUCUACAUCAAGCAGUCGUCCAUCAACGAGAAAUGAAGAGGCGCAAAUAUCUGUUCCUGGAACAAAUAAGAACGAGAACAUACGAAGUAAUAGACAGAGUUUAAAAGAUGGCGUUUACUUUAUAGAAGGUACACCUUUCCCAGUGAGUCGCUCGGUUUUAUUAAAAUCACAAAUAAAGUAUAAUAGCAAUGCCAAACAGUUAGACACUCAGAAGUUUCCUUCUGCAAAAGACGAUGAGAAUCUUGAUAUGGAUAAGGAUUCUUCUAGUUCUGUGGGGUCGUAUCAUUGUUUAGAAGAUAGAUUAAGGAUCAAAAGGUUCACAAAGUCACAAAGACCAUAUCAAAAGAAACAUCCUACCAGUUGGGUACGAACUCGUUCAUCUGUUCUUCUUGAUACAAUCGUAUUAGAUAACUCCUCAUCCAGGGAAGAUUCGUCUGAUGGUGAGAAAAAUAAACAGACAAUCGCAGAACAUUUUCCUGAUGCAAAUGAGAAGACGGAAAAUGACAAGGAGGAACAACCUAAUGAUAAGGUGGAAAAAUCUAAGAAAAAGAAGUUGCUACCGCUUCGAGAGACUUCUCGAUUGAUUUCAUUAAGUCCAGUAGUCAUGGAAAAUCAUUCACCUAAGGAGCCACGAAUUAAAAGGAAAUAUAAUAAGAAACAAAAUAAGGGUAAAGUAAAAAUUAAAACAGUACAUAAACCUGCAUCGCAAAAGGAAAUAGAUGAUGAUACAGCAUCAGAUGAGAAUUUGCAGACAGUCUAUACUCAGACCAAAAAACCUAAGAAACGACGAAAGGUGAUUAGUAAAAAGAUUGUCGUGAAAAAAAUCACAAAUUUAGAUAUAAUCGAACAAUUAGAAGCUAAUUCCCAGAAGUCACUGAAUCAUGACAAUUUGUCUGGCAGAGCUAGAUCAUCUGUGAAUUAUUUUCAACCUGAAAAAAACAUUCUCUGUAAUUGGCGUAAACGUAAGACAGAAAAAAUAGUUAUUGUCACAACUGGACUGUCAAAUGAAGACAAAGCUCUAGUCAAAUCCGUCGCACGUUCUCUUGGUUCAGCACAAAUUGAAGCAAACGUAACUCAAUACACAACACAUGUGAUAAGUACUGGAGUACGAACAAUAAAUCUACUCCGUGGGAUCAUAAGAGGCUGCUGGCUUAUCACGUUAGAAUGGAUACUAAAAUCCUUGGAAAGCAAUGACUGGCUGGACCCAGCAGGAUUCGAGAUGAAUCAUUUUGCAGAUGCAGUACAGAAAAACCGCAGGGAGCGUCAGCUUUUUGGACACGGUUACAUUCCGGAACUAUUUGCACCCUGUGGAUAUGUAUAUAUUGAAAGUGGUACCACUCCACCUCAAUCAGUGUUAAAAGAAUUAGUUAAAACCGGUGGUGGCUGGGUCACUGAAAUACCAGAAAAUGCUAAAGUAUCUAUUGGUCGGAAUGGUCUAAAAGAAAUUUGGAUCCUCGACUCCAUUACCAGUGGAACUCUACAGCCUUUAGAUCAUUACAAAAGGAAAUGAAUAAAUUUUAUAUAUAAAUUACAGUACAAUGCUUUAUAUAUGAUCAUUCUUACUUAUGAUUUUAAAUUGCACAAGUAUCAUGACAUACAAAAACGUAUUAUAACAAAAUUCACUAAGAAAUUCUAUUUGUAAAUACAUCAAUUAUACAAUUUAAAAUAUUAUCGAUAAUAAAACCAUAAUUUAUACAA